AUGCCCAGCGAGGACGACAGAGUUAGACAACUACUACAAUUGUUUCCUGGCGGUGAUCCGAUCUACUUUCGAGAAUGUCUGCGAUACUAUCGUGAAGAUCAGGUGGCGCACGUGGUUGAGAAAGUGGUGGCAAACCAUUACUAUCCGAGAACAACCCAUGCGGAAAUGAACAGCAUGGAACAUCUGAAUGACGUUCUGCAUACUUUGGCCACCGAGAUCUUCCCCGACUGCGACAUUGGAUACCUCCGCGAUCUGGUGGAAAAGUAUAACCACAGUCACUUGGAGCAAGUCGCUUUGGAAGUGAUAUCGCAACCUAAUUAUCCGGAAAGACUGAAUUACGGCGAGUUUGAUCGAAUUUACACUAUUCGGAAGCCGCACUACCAACAUCAAACCUUGGAACAGUUAUCAAAAGAGUUUCCGCACAUAUGGAAAUCAUCUAUUCGAGCUAUGCUGACAGAGCAUCAUUGGGACUACAUAUCGACACGAGAAGCGCUCAAGCAUUUUCAAAGACCCGGAUUUACAAAGUCAAUUCACACGCUCUGUGAGCAUUGGAUUGGUGCGUUCUUCGAAUCGCAGGCCGGGUCAACAACCAUGCGUCAGGCUUUGAAUCCCGUGCUAGCGAAUGAAAUGGAGCAAGUACGUCGGCAGGAAGAAGUCCCGCGAAUCAAUGAUCAAGUAGCCAGGGAUCAGCAGCUGGCGCUGCGGUGGAACACCGAACAAUACGAGAAGAAAGGACAACUGAUUACUUGUCUUUGCUGCAUUGAUGAAUAUACGUUUGAAGAGAUGGCAUAUUGCAGUGAAGGCAAUCAUGCAUUUUGUCAUGAUUGUAUCACCCGUUUCGUAUCUGAAAAAAUGUUUGGUCAAGGCGCCCUGAAUAAUGAGUUGAGACUUCCUUGUAUUUGUAUGGAUGGUUGCUCCGGUUGGAUUUCACAAGAGACCCUCGAACGUGUCGUGCCUGACGAUAUAUGGCGUGCUUACGAGAAAUUCAUGUUUGAAAGAAAUCUUCAGCAACUGCGAUUACGCAUAGUCCAAUGCAAGAGCUGCAACUACUGCGAACUGGAUGAUACGAUCGCACCUUUGCAUGUCGGUGUGCAAAGGGGUCAGCGGCUUCUCAGAAAAGUUCAAUGGACGAUGGUGGCUCCUGUACUUGCGUUAGGAUUCUAUUCCCCGCCUAUUCUUGUUGCAGGAGGUUUACUGGCGGCUUCAUGUUGGAUGAUUGCACGCCAGUGGGAUCCAAGCAACGAUUUGAAGGAAGCAUACGAACAAAUCUUGUUCCAACGACGAGGCACCGCUUUCCGUUGUGGCAAUCCCGAAUGUCGGAAGCUGACCUGUUUGCAAUGCCACCGUGAAAUGCGAGGGAUUCACAAGUGCAGAGAGAACAACGUCGAUAAUUUGCGGUUAUAUGUGGAGAGGGCCAUGGACAAUGCUAUCAAACGAACAGUAAGUGAAAUCAUGCGGUAG